AUGUUCAGGUCCAAACGCUCAGGGCUGGUGCGGCGACUUUGGAGGAGCCGCGUCAUUCCGGACAGGGACGGCGGAGAUGGGAGCGGCGAGGCGGCGCCGCGCGGGGACCCCAUGGCGGAGCGGCGCGGGGCCCGGCUCCGCGCCCCCGGCUCCGCGCCGGAGAGCGACGGCCGGACCGUGACCUGCUGCCUCUUCUCGGAGCGGGAGCCUGGCGGCCCCCAGCCUCCCCCGGCCGCCGCCCCCGGCCCCGACGGAGCGGCCGACGGCGGCUCCCCGGAGCGGCGGGGCCGGGAGGCGCGGGCGCGGCUGCUGCUGCUGGAGCAGGAGCUGAAGGCCGUCACCUACUCGCUGCUGAAGCGGCUGAAGGAGCGCUCGCUGGACAGCCUGCUGGAGGCGGUGGAGUCCCGCGGGGGGAUGCCCGGCGGCUGCGUCCUGGUGGCCCGCACCGAGGUGCGCCUGGGGGGGCUGGCGGCGCCCCCGCACCUCCUCCUGGGCAAGCUGUUCCGCUGGCCCGACCUGCAGCACCCCGCCGAGCUGAAGCCCCUCUGCGAAUGCCAGAGCUUCGGCGUCGCCGACGGACCCACGGUCUGCUGCAACCCCUACCACUUCAGCCGCCUCUGUGGGCCAGAGUCUCCACCACCUCCCUACUCUCGGCUGUCUCCUAAUGAUGAGCAAAAGCCACUGGAUCUAUCAGAUUCCACGUUGUCUUACACUGAAACAGAGGCUACAAACUCUCCCAACGUCACGCCCGGAGAUUUCUCAGACGCCAGCACGUCGCCCGAUGCCGUGAAGAGGAGCCAUUGGUGCAACGUGGCCUACUGGGAGCACCGGACGCGCGUGGGCCGCCUGUACACAGUGUACGAACAGUCUGUCAGUAUCUUCUACGACCUACCUCAAGGAAACGGCUUCUGCCUCGGACAGCUAAACCUGGACAACAGGAGCGAGACUGUGAGAAGGACUCGAAGUAAAAUCGGCUACGGGAUUUUACUGAGCAAGGAACCGGACGGGGUGUGGGCCUACAACCGCAGCGAGCAUCCCAUCUUCGUCAACUCCCCGACACUGGACAUCCCCAACUGUAGGACUCUGAUCGUGCGCAAGGUGAUGCCGGGCUACUCCAUCAAGGUGUUUGACUACGAGAAGUCCUGCCUGCUGCAGCACACGGCCGAGCUGGAUUACGCAGACGGGCCCUACGACCCCAACAGCGUCCGGAUCAGCUUUGCCAAGGGCUGGGGGCCGUGUUAUUCCAGACAGUUCAUCACGUCGUGUCCUUGUUGGCUGGAGAUCCUACUCAGCAACAACCGAUAACGGUCAGGAGAAAGGAAAACGACGACGAGAAAAAAAAAAACACACAAAAAUUUAAAAAAAAAAUUAAAAAGACACAGACUAUCCCAAAUAUCAUCUACCUAGAUUUAAUAUAAAGUUUUAUAUAUUAUAUGAAAAUAUAUAUUAUACUUGUAAUUAUGGAGUCAUUUUUACAAUGUAAUUAUUUAUGUAUGGUGCAAUGUGUAUAUGGACAAAAAACAGAAAAUGCACUUUGGCUUAUAUAAUUCUUUCAAUACAGAUUUUUAAAAAAAAAAAAAAAGAAAAAAACCACAAAAAUUAUACAGCAAAAAUAGGAGAAACCCCUAAUUUUGAUGUAUGGUUUUUUGAAAUAUUAUUAAUACCCAGACAAAAAGCUAAUACCAGUCACUCAUUGAUAAUAAAGUAUUCGCAUUAUGGGGGGGGAUUUGUCUUUUUUCUUCCCCCCCCCAACUGAAGUUGGCAGCAGUCAGGGGAGUUCCAGGGGGCAGCUUC